GCCCUGACCUAAAGGUCACUUACUGAAAAUCUGUAGCAGGGAGGCUGAAUGCCGCUCCAUACGGAAUCUACUAGAAGCAGGAAUUAAGGGAAAAAUCAGGAAUACUCAUUGAGGAAUACUGGAAGGGGUGAUGAGCUGCAGUCUAUGAAGUUCCUGGAGCAUCCACUGUAAAGGAAUCAAGAUGCCAUUAUGUGGAUAUCUGUUGAAUUUCACAGGAGCAACGUCUAUAGCUUGGAGUAACUAAGUCAACCCAUUGAUAUUUUUUAGUCUGAUAUGGAAUUUACUGGCCGUGUUGCCCAAUACAAAGCAGAUAAGAAGAUCUAAAAAGACAAGAGAAUGCUUCUGUUAUUGAUCAUUGGGGCAAUGAUCAUGGUUGGAAGCCCUCUCCGUGUGAAGAUCUUGGCCAGGAAUUCUCCUUGAUGCUGACCAUUCCUUUCUGGAGUCCCAAUAGGGAUGCUAAGGAGCUACUGAACCCACUGAGGAGCUCAGGAUAUGUUCUUUAUUGUGGGUUUUAAUAAUAGGGACUGUCUGUGACAUGGGCUCCUAAAUGGUGCGCUGAGCCCCUCACCAUGUAUCCCACCCGAUCAGCAACAUACAAGUUCUACACGUUACUCCCUUCCCAAAGAGACAGCACAUAGACCUUAUUGGACAGAGAACCCAUGGCCGCUGGACAAUAUUAGCCGGGCAGCUACAAGCUAUAGGACAAUGUUCUAUAGAAGUCUUGUAGACUUCUUGCUAAGGCAACCAAGAUGCCAAGGAUGUAGAAGACUUUGUGCCAAGAGGCCUACAAGGACGUUUCCCUUCUCAAUACCUUCUUGGUGGCUACUUAUGGGAGUAUUCAUGAAUUCUUUAGGCGUGGAUUGUAAAAACUUUACCGUGGGCGUAGUUGGUCCGUGGCAAUGUGACCCACUGUUCUCCAAAGCCUUUCCAGAGCUGGCGGCGCGGCUAGCAGUCCAGAAGAUUAACAACGAUGCCACCCUAGGAAUAGGUUAUAAGUUUGACUACAGAAUCCUGCAAGAAAACUGUGAAACUUCCAAAGCCCUUGUGGAUUUUUCCAGUUACGACAAACACUCGUCCGCAUUCGUGGGCCCAAUGAACCCUGGGUAUUGCGACGCUGCCACGCUUUUGGGGAAAAACUGGGACAAGGCGGUGUUCUCCUGGGCGUGCAUCAAUCACGACUUGGAUGAUAAGAGCAGUUUCCCGACUUUCGCCAGGACAAUGCCUGCGCCAACGAAGGUUCUCUUCCACUUCAUGAAGUAUUUUAGGUGGGCCCAUGUCGGAAUUGUGUCCUCCAAUGAUGAUUUGUGGGUGGACACAGGGCGGAAAGUAGCUAGUGCCCUGAGGAAUCAUGGGCUCCCCAUUGGUAUAGUAACAAGCAUGGGCAAUGGAGAGGAAGGGCUCAGAGCUACUUUGGCAAAUAUUGAAGAAGCACAUGACCUGCGAGUUAUAAUUAUGUGCAUGCAUUCCGUGCUGAUUGGAGGAGCGGAGCAGGCCACCUUUCUAACCCAGGCCCAUGAAAUGGGGCUCACCGACGGGCGAUACGUUUUUGUCCCCUACGACACCUUGCUUUACAGCCUGCCUUAUAAAAACAGUUCCUACCAGGUUCUUGAGAAAAACCCGGAGCUGAAGGCAGCGUAUGACGCGGUGCUGACCAUCACCAUGGAUUAUGAAAACCUGUCAUUUUAUGAGGUGUUUGCAGAGGCAAAAGAAAGGGGGGAGAUAAAAACAAGUGUGGAACCCCAACAGGUGUCGCCACUUUUUGGAACUAUCUACAAUGCGAUGUACCUCUUGGCAAAGGCAAUGAGCAGCGCCUGGAAACAAGGAGCCUGGGUCUCGGGAACUAACCUGGUAGACUAUGCCAAAAACCUGGAAUAUCCUGGAUUUACACAGACACUUUACACGGACGGAAAGGGAAACGACUUAAGCAACUUUGUGGUACUGGACACAGACGGGAAAGUCAACCAGCUCUUCCCAACCUACUCUGUGGAGAUGUCCUCCAACUUGGUGCGCUUCCUGGGAAAGACAAUAAGGUUCCCCGGCGGGACCCCUCCUCCUUCAGACUCCAGCUGUUGGUUUGAUCCGGACACUUUGUGCAUAGGAGGUAUUGAGCCUUAUAUCGUCAUAUUGAUAUUUGGUCUGGUGUUCGCUUUGGCUCUGUGCGGCGUUGUGGUCUCUUAUCUUAUCAGACACAGCAUCCUGCAGAUCCAACUGGUAAAAGGACCCAAUAAGAUACUGUUGUCUUUGGACGACCUAACAUUUAUAAACCCAAAGCUGAGCAUGAAGAAACUCAAUAUUGAUAACAUCAGUGACACCAAAAGUAUUUCUGACUGCAAGAGCUUGAAGUCGCUCACCCGAUCGCUCUCCGCUAAGAGUUUAGGAGCCAGUCACGAAACCUCCAGUGUGGCCAUUUAUGAGGGAGAUUGGGUUUGGCUGAAAAAAUUUGAACCCGGAGUAUACCAUGAGUUGCGUCAGAGCACGACGAGUACCCUGAGGAAGAUGAAGGAUCUCCGGAAUGAAAACGUGAACCCCUUUCUGGGCUUCUUCUCGGACUGCGGAAUCUUUGCCAUAGUAACGGAACAUUGUUCUAGAGGGAGCCUGGAGGACUUGCUGAGAAACGAAGACGUGAAGUUGGACUGGAUGUUUAAAUCUUCCCUGUUACUGGAUCUGAUCAAAGGCAUGAGAUAUUUACACCACCGGGACUUUUCUCACGGUCGGUUAAAGUCCAGAAACUGCGUGGUUGACGGGAGGUUUGUGCUGAAGAUUACCGACUAUGGAUACAAUGAAGUUGUCGAAACCCAGAAAUCCCCCCGUUACUCUAUGCCCCCGGAAGAAUUAUUCUGGACGGCACCGGAGUUGCUUCGCGAUCAGGCCUUGAGUAGGAGAGGCACAUUUAAAGGCGAUGUGUUCAGUUUUGCUAUUAUAUUACAAGAGGUAGUAGUGAGAGGGCCGCCAUAUUGCACAUCUGGACUUUCAGCCGAAGAGAUCAUUAGAAAAGUAAAGAAACCCCCUCCUCUGUGUCGACCGGCAGUGGCUCCGGACCAGGCCCCCCUGGAGUGUAUCCAGUUAAUGAAGCAAUGCUGGAGCGAGCUGGCCGAGCGGAGGCCUACCUUCGAUGAGAUCUUUGAUCAGUUCAAAACAAUCAACAAAGGCAAAAAAACCAACAUCAUCGACUCCAUGCUGAGAAUGUUGGAGCAGUACUCCAGUAACCUGGAAGAUCUGAUCAGAGAGAGGACGGAGGAACUAGAGGUGGAAAAGCAAAAGACAGAAAAGCUCCUUUCUCAGAUGCUGCCCCCAUCUGUUGCGGAAGCUCUUAAAACAGGAGGCACGGUGGAGCCAGAAUACUUUGACCACGUUACUAUCUAUUUUAGCGACAUUGUAGGAUUUACUACAAUAUCGGCCCUUAGCGAACCCAUUGAGGUGGUGGAUCUCCUGAACGACCUCUAUACUCUCUUUGAUGCAGUUCUUUGCAAUCAUGACGUUUACAAGGUAGAAACAAUUGGCGAUGCUUAUAUGGUGGCAUCGGGACUUCCGAAGAGGAAUGGAAACAGACACACUGCUGAAAUCGCCAACAUGUCCCUGGACAUCCUUAGUUCGGUCGGCUCGUUCCAGAUGAGGCAUAUGCCAGAUGUACCUGUCAGGAUACGCAUCGGCCUGCAUUCAGGCCCGUGCGUAGCGGGAGUUGUAGGCCUUACCAUGCCGCGUUACUGUCUGUUUGGGGACACAGUGAACACUGCUUCACGGAUGGAAUCCACAGGACUGCCUUACAGAAUCCACGUUAACCAAAGCACCGCGGCAAUACUGCGCACACUAAAUGAACGUUAUAAAAUAGAACUUAGAGGAAAAACCGAGUUAAAGGGAAAAGGAGUAGAGGAAACAUUCUGGCUUGUAGGAAAGGAAGGAUUUAGCAAACCCCUACCCCGCCCCCCCGAUAUAAAGCCUGGGUGCGUUGCCCAUGGUUUAACAGCGGAGGAGGUUGCUGAGUUCAAAAGGAGAAAAGCAGCGAAGCUCCUUGCUAAAAAGCAGUAGAG